CUUAAUCUCAAUCCAUCUCUCAUAUCUAACCGUUGAUAUCAUCAAAUCUAAAUUAACAUCCAAAAUCUACGACUGUAAAAUCUUCCUGGUAAAUCUUACCAUACACUUCCCCACACAGCAUAAUUCUAUUUAUUAACCAUAACACAGGAAAAAAAACUCCAUCAGAAAAACAAAGAACAAGAACAAAAUCUGAACCCUCAACAGAUAAAACCCCCUAAAACAUUUCUCUCUCAUCGAGAUUCCUCUUUCUCUCCAUACAGUUUCCCUUUCUCUCUAUCUUCGAUUCCUUUUGUAGAGGGAUAGGAAUUGUUUGUAGCAUCUUGAAGAUCUUUUGCAUCGGCGAAAUUUCGAACCUGCUAGGGUUUUUCAAAUUUGAAUUUUGGAGGUUUCAUGCUUUGGGCGAUAUUGGAUGAACUUUUAAUUUUUUAGAUUUUUUUGAGGCUUUAGUGGAGUUUCUUUUUUUCUACUUUUUGGUUGCAUUUUAGCUGAGUUAAAUAGGUUUUGAGUUCGAUCUUUGAAUGGAUUCGCGAGAUUCAACUUCAUCUUCGCCAAUGAAUGUGGUUCGAGAAAGUUCGGAUGAUGAUGGUGGUCUUUCUGUUACUGCGAUGCUUGCUAAAGAAGCUUUCGUGUUGUUUAAAUCUGAAAAGUUUGCUGAAUGUGUUGGUGUUUUGCAUCAAUUGUUGCAGAAGAAAGAAGGUGAUCCAAAGAUUUUGCAUAAUAUUGCAGUGGCAGAAUUUCUGCGUGAUGGUUGUUCGGAUCCAAGGAAAUUGGUUGACACUCUUAUUAGUGUUAAGCUUUUGUACUUCCAGAGAAAGAGUGAAGAACUUGCUCGUUCAUCCAGAGAGCAAACAGAUGCUGCUGCCCAGGCUGCCAAUAAGCUCAUGUCAGGAGCCAAGGGACCUAAUAAUUUGGUUGAUAGCCCUAGCACAGUUUUUAUAGACGAAUUUGACGCAUCUGUUGCGACACUAAACAUUGCUACUGUCCUAUUCCAUCUUCAUGAUUACUCAAAGGCAUUGUCAGUUUUGGAGCCUCUGUUUCAGAACAUUGAACCUAUAGAUGAGACAACUGCUCUUCAUGUUUGCCUCUUACUGCUGGAUGUUGCCUUUGUGACUCAAGAGGCAUCCAAAUUUUCGGAUGUGAUAAGCUACCUAGAAAAGGCUUUUGGAGUAAGUUAUAUGCCCAAUCAAGCAGAUGGUGGAAGCAUGCAACAAGCAUCUAACUUUGUGGUGAAGUCUUCGUCAAUUCCUAACCAUUCAUCAGCCUCUGAUGACUUAAACCCUGAUGGGACUGCUGGUGGAAAUACCUCAGAAGGUUCCUUAUCAAGGACUUUAUCAGAUGAAACUAUGGAGUAUGAAACCUUGCUAUCAACGCUGGAUAUUAGUGGGCGGAGUAGAACUAGGGCAUCGAAUAUUUCAGCAUCAGAUGAUAUCUCAAGGAUACCUGCUGAUCGGUCUAUGCCUACCAUUAAUUUGAGGCUGCACUUGCCCCUAUACAAGCUACAGCUUUUGCUUCUCACCAGAAAUCUCAAGGCAGCUAAGCGUGAAGUUAAGCUAGCAAUGAAUAUUGCACGUGGCAUAGAUUCUUCUAGGACUUUACUCCUCAAAUCGCAACUUGAAUAUGCCCGUGGGAACUACCUUAAAGCAUUCAAGCUUUUGAAAGCAUCAAAUAGCCAACCAGAGGUGGGAAGUUCAAUCAUAAUCAACAAUAACAUUGGCUGUCUUUAUUAUCAACAGGGGAAUUAUCACAUUUCUAGCAUAUUUUUCCACAAAGCCCUGAGCAGUUCAUCGCUUUGGAAGGAAAAGCCUCGGAAGCUAACCACUUUUUCUCAAGACAAAUCCUUGCUCAUUGCAUAUAAUUGUGGGGUUCAAUCCUUGGCCUGUGGCAAACCUGUACUAGCAGCUCGAUGUUUCCUGAAAGCUAGUUUAGUUUUCAGCAAUAGGCCUCUUCUGUGGCUCCGACUUGCAGAAUGCUGUCUAAUGGCGCUGGAAAAAGGACUCUUGAAGGGCACAGAGUCCCCUAGAUAUGAAUCUCAGGCUAAGGUCCAAGUUAUUGGGCAAGGGAGAUGGAGACAUCUUGCCUUUGAAAAUGGAAUUUUGAGAAAUGGAAUUGAGAGUACGGAUGACAAGGACGAUUCUGGUCGUGACGUAAAUAACGAGCCAAAACUAUCAUUGUCAUUUGCUCGGCAGUGUCUUCUUAAUGCCCUUUACUUGCUAGACUCUUCUGAGUUGAAACAUACUAAGUCAGGCUCAUCAACAAAAGCUUCUGACGAAGAUGACUCUGAUGCAGCAGCAUCGAAGAACUUGGGCGACAAGAAUUCAGGAGGUAAUGAUCCAAAGUCCAAAGACACAGCAGGCUCUGGCCAAGUUAAUGUAAAUGGAGAUACAAGAGAACAGAGUGCGGGAGUUCAUUCUAAUACAGCUGUUGCCAACAGUCUCUCUGAGUACGAGGAGAUUUCUAAAAGAGAAAACCAGAAGAUCAAGCAGGCUGUCCUCACUGAUUUGGCAUUUGUUGAGCUUGAAUUAGGAAAUCCACUCAAGGCACUGUCUACAGCUUUAACUCUAUUGAAAAUACCCCAAUGUUCGAGAAUGUAUGCCUUUCUGGGACAUGUUUAUGCAGCUGAGGCCCUUUGCUUUCUUAAUAGACCAAAUGAAGCUGCUGAACAUCUCUCGACUUACAUAUCAUGUGGGAGUGUGGAAUUUCCUUAUUGUGAAGAAGAUUGUCGACAGUGGCAGGCUAAGAAAACUCUGGACACUGAAGAUUCAAAUGCUGGUCAAACUGCUGCGAAGAUUCCUAUGGUGGAGGGGCAACAAGACGAUGUGUUUCUCUCUCCUGAAAAAGCUCGAGGUACACUCUAUGUCAACCUGGCAGCCAUGCAUGUCUUACAGGGAGAACUUGAGCUGGCCAGUCAAUGUGCCGCACAAGCUUUGCAAACUUUACCCAACAGCCAAGAAGCAGCCCUUAUGGCAGUUUAUUUGGAUCUGAAACUCGCCAAACCUCAAGAAGCUCUUGCCAAAUUGAAACGCUGUUGUCGGGUUAUAUUCCUGCCCUUCACUUCAAGAUCAAACGCUUCUUCUUGAUCUUUCUUGUUGGUUUUUCUUCAUUUUUACCUCAUUUGCACUAGUCUUGUAGUUCAUACCGAGAUGCCUGUUAUGACAAAGGUAGGUAACCCAGUCCUUACAAAGUAUUUGUAACAUAAAUAUAGUUCAAUUCAGAGAAUAAAGUUCUCUAUAUUCCCGUUUUUUCCCUUGUUAAUCAUUCCUCCUAGAAUUACGUGUAGGGUUCAAGCCUUCGAGGAGAUGGUUUAGUUUGGCCAUCGUUUUCCCUUAAGGUCAUUGGGAAUGCCUUACAUAUUGUCAUUUCGGUCUUCUAGAUGUGAGUUAAUUGAAAUUGUUGAUGUUUUAGGGGCUGACCAUUUUUACUGAAUUGAGAAAUAUAUACUAGAAAAGAAUAUGAUGCUCUUGUCAUUGUCCCUCCAA